AUUUUCAGAAAUUUUGAAACCUGAACAAGAUGCAUUUAACAUGUACAAGCAAUCUGAAUGAUGAACCAACAGCUUUAGUUUUUUUCGUCAACGGAAAAAAGGUUUCAAUUGAAAAUCCGGAUCCCAAAGUGACGCUGAUACAAUAUCUUAGACGAAACUUAUAUUUGACCGGAACAAAGGAGGCGUGCAGUCAGGGAGCAUGUGGGGCGUGUACAGUCAUGUUAUCUUAUUACAACCACCACCAGAAGAAAAUUAUCCAUUACUCUGGGAACGCCUGUUUGACCUUGAUUUGCUCCCUACACGGGAUGUCUGUGACUACAGUGGAGGGAGUCGGCAGCACUAGGAAUGGUCUUCAUCCGAUCCAGAGAAAUAUGAUGGAGAACCAUGGAAUACAGUGUGGUUUUUGUACCCCCGGCAUGGUGAUGACUAUGUAUACCUUGUUCAGGAACAACCCCGAGCCAAGUCAAGAGGACAUGGAAAGAGCCCUAGAGGGCAAUCUCUGUCGCUGCACUGGAUAUCGCCCAAUUUUGGAGGCGUUCAAAAAGAGUUGUCCUUGUGGACUUGGUCUUUGCCAGCAAAGUGCAGAGGAAAAGAAAGAAAUUGCAGAUAAAAAGGCAGGUGAAAAACCCUCCCCUGACAAGUAUGACAAGACACAAGACGUUAUCUUUCCAAGCGAGUUACAAAAAUCUUUAGAAUACAGUCAAAGGGACGUUAUGUUUGUCGGCGGUGGUUACAAAUGGCUAAGACCUGUAUCAUUAAUUAAACUGUUGGAGCUGAGGGCCAAAUUUCCGAACUCAACAAUUAUCAUGGGAUCACAGACAUCAGUAGGGUCGAAAAUUCGAAAUAAUACUUUACCAUCACCGGAAAUUAUCUGCUGUACCCAGGUCUUGGAGCUGAGGAGAAUUGUGGAGGAAAAGAAUGGUAUAACUGUGGGAUCCGCCGUUACAUUUGCACAACUGGAGGAAUAUCUAAGAGGGAAUCUUAAGGAAACGAAAGGCAGAGAUUGUAACGUUGCCUCAGCAUUGUUAGAGGGACUGCGGUGGAUAGGAGCGGAUCAGCAGAGAAAUGUGGCGACACUUGGAGGCCACUUGAUGAGUGUAGGACAACACGAUUUACAAACCUUCAUGCUGACUGUGGGCGCAGAACUUAACUUCAUUUCUCCCAAAACCAAAUCAAAGAGAGUUGCAUACGAGAAGUUCAUGACAAAUGGAGUCCAUGCACCUGAUCCAAGUGAUAUUCUAGUCUCUGUUUACAUUCCAUUGAACAAACAAAACGAGUACAUGAUGUUCACCAAACAACCAUCUCGCCGAGGAAUGGACUGGGCUGUAGUUAAUUCUGGAUUGUAUGUGAAGGUGAACGACAAGAAACACAUUGAAGCCCUAAGAUUCUGUGUGGGAAACAUGGAGAACAAACCGUGUAUUAUAGAAAAAGUAUCCACCACUGCAAAAGGGAGAUCUUUGGAUGAGACGUGGAUACCAGAUGCAAGUGAUGCCAUCAUUGACCAACUGAAAGGAUGUAAAACAGAUGCCUUGCAAUACAAAAUUUCUUUGGCGUGUGGUUUUUUCUACAAACUAUAUAAACAAAUUUUGGAAACAAUAAAGCCAGAGAAUGGAAAAAAUAAUUUUGGACUGACACCAUCCCUUUCCUCUGGAGCACAAUACUAUGAUGUACCAAAUCCAGAGGCAAAAGAGAUUGUCUGGAAGCCUAUACCUCAUGCAGCUGGAAAAAGUCUGGCAUCUGGGGAAGCAAUUUUCAUUGACGAUAUGCCGCAGUACACAAACGAGCUAUCUAUGUGGUUUGUAACCAGUGCCAAGGCCCACGCUAAAAUCGUCUCCGUUGACACCUCAGCAGCUUUAGCUGUGCCUGGGGUAGUUGAUUAUGUUGACAGAAGAGAUGUUCCUGGAAGCAACUUAUUUGGACCCUUAUAUCACGAUAUUCCUUUAUUUGCCAAUAAAGAGGUUUCUUACCAUGGACAACCUAUAGGUGGUGUAAUAGCAGAAACAAGAGAAAUCGCCAGAGCAGCAGCAAAAUUGGUGAAAGUGGAAUAUGAGGAUUUACCAACUAUAUUUACAAUCGAUGAGGCCAUUGAGAAAAAGAGCAUGAUUGAAUAUGUGGCAAAUCAUACGAAUGGUGAUGUGGAGAAAGGCUUGAACGAAGCUGAAAUGACUUUAGAAGGUGUUAUUGAAACUGGGGCACAAGAGCAUAUGUACUUGGAACCUAUUGCAGCACUAGUUGUUCCAAAAAUUGAAGACAAAGAAAUUGAGGUUUUUAUAAACACACAGGAGGCCAAAGGAGUUCAGGCAGAUGUAGGUCAGUUUUUGGGUAUACCGUACAACAGAGUAACUGUGCGAGUGAAAAGAAUUGGAGGGUCAUUCGGUGGCAAGGCAUUGGAUACUAUCACUGCUAGCGGGACGGCCGCUGUGGCAGCAUGGAAAGUGAAUCGACCAGUUCGUCUGAUCUACACUCGGACCCAUGACGUCAAAACUACAUGUAAAAGGCAUCCAACCAAAACCUUCUACAAGGCUGGCUUUAGUAAGGAUGGUAGAGUGACUGCUCUCUCUGUUGACAUGUUCAUUAAUGCAGGUUGGAACAGUCGCACUACAGUAAAGGUAAUGGAACUAGGCAUGAUAGCAAUGGAGUCUACAUUUGACAUUCCUAACUACAGGGGGACUGGGAGAGUUUGCUUGACCAAUUUACCAUCUAACGGGGCCUUCAGGGGAUUUGGGGCGCCUCAGGGAACCUUUAUCAUACAGAGCAUUAUGUAUGACAUCGCUAAAAAAAUAGGAAUGCCAAAUGACAAGCUAAGGGAAAUGAACAUAUACAAAGAGGGAGACAGGAACAUCCAUGGAAUGGUUCUUAAAGACUUCAAUCUGCCCAUUUGCUGGGAGGAGUGUAAAAAGCAGAUAAAAUUUGAAGAAGUCUCAAAAGAAAUUGAGGAAUUCAAUAGUAAAAACCAGUACAGGAAAAGAGGUCUUGCCAUGUCUUCCGCUGUCAUGAGCAUUGGCUACCCAAUGUUGUUCAUAUGCCAGGCUGGGGCUUUUGUUAAUAUUUACACUGACGGAUCUGUUUUGGUUUCACAUGGAGGAAUAGAACUCGGACAGGGUCUCUUCACCAAGAUGAUUCAGGUGGCUGCAACUGUCCUAGAAAUUCCGGUAGAGAAGGUUUACAUUAGUGAGACCAACACUGUGACUGUCCCCAAUACUACAGAGACGGGAGGAAGCUUUGUGACUGACCUCAACGGGGGAGCUGUAAUGAAUGCAUGCCAGAUCUUAAAGGACAGACUGCAGCCAUUGAGAGACGCCAUGCCCGAAGCAUCAUGGGAACAACUGAUACAAGCUGCAUAUUUCAGCAGAAUAAGUCUGUCUGCUACUGGAUUCUACAAGUCUCGUGAGAAAGGAUAUGACUUCAAAAAGCAAGGAGAAGGAGAAUACUGCAAUUAUAAUUCCUAUGGGGCUGCAUGCACCGUGGUGGAGAUAGACUGCUUAACAGGGGAGCAUCAGAUACUACGUGCUGACAUUGUAUUUGAUGUUGGCAAGAGUCUUAAUCCCGCUAUUGACGUCGGACAAAUCGAAGGGGGAUAUGUACAGGGCACUGGUUUAAUGACAUUGGAAAAAGUAGUGUUUGAUAAGGAUUCUGGAGAAGUGACAUCAUAUGGUCCCGGUAAUUACAAGGUACCAGGCAUCAGAAACAUUCCAAAGGAGUUCAAUGUUACUCUCCUGAAAGAAGCCAAGGGUGAAAACAGACCGCUGUAUUCAUCAAAGGGUAUUGGAGAGCCCCCUCUGUUGUUAGCGGCGGGUGUGCACCUGGCCCUCAGGGAAGCUGUGAAUGCUGCACGUAAAGAACAAGGUCAUAAUGAAAAUUAUAGACUGGAAUGUCCAGCCACACCCGAAAAAAUCCUAAUGGGUUGUGAUGGACCUAUUAAGAAAAAGGUGAAUACCAUCGAAGAAAACAAUCAGAAUUUUUUUUCCCCCUCAUUCUUGAUUUUGCAAGGCCAUAAUCUUUUUUUGCAAAAGAAUUUUAAAAUGUCCCUGUAUGAUGGUUUAGACAUUGACAAAGAAGAAGGUGGGAGUACAAAGCCUGUAGUGGCUGGAUGGUCCUCUAACUACAAACUUCUGCAGUCACAACUACAGGCCAAGAAAGCAUCCUCCUCCCAAAGCCGGAAAAGUCCAAAAGGAUUAUAUAAGAAAUCCAAUGAUUCCGAGCUUUACUUCAACCAGAUAACUGGCAGGAUAGAGAGGAGUCCCAGAAUGCCUGCCAAUCUUGGUAGCUCCCCCUUCAUUCCUUCAGAACCCGUGCCCUCCCUGACAGGAGUGGCUGAUGAGUAUGACCCCCUCAGACCCAAUGAUUACGAGGACUUUGUCAAAAAGAGGAAAGAACAGCGAAUGAAAGAGAGAGAGGAGGACAUGAGAAAGAGAGAUAAUGACGAGGAUCGACACUCCAGGAGACGUAGAGAUCGGGACAGAGAUCGAGAUAGAGAUCGUGAUAGAGAUAGAGAUGAUUACAACAGGAGAGGAGGCGGGGAGAUGGAGCGAGCGCAGCGAAGGAGAGAUGAGGAGGAGGAAGAUGAUUAUCAGAAACCAAUGAAACCAGGUGGAGGAGCUGCUAUUGCCCCUCCCUCAUCACUCAUUGAAGAGGACCAGGUAUCUAAUGACAUGGGUGGUUCCCCUAUUAUGCCAAACAGAUCGGGAUCUCCACCCAUGGGAUACAGCAUAGGGUUAGGAGGAUCUGUGGCCUCUAAGAUCAUGGCUAAAUAUGGUUACAAGGAGGGGCAGGGUUUGGGGAAGUCUGAGCAGGGCAUGAGUACAGCACUGUUUGUGGAGAAGACAAGCAAGAGAGGAGGAAAGAUCAUACACGAGAAAGAUCUACCCAAAAUUGUCGAGCCACCUUCAAGAGAACCUGCUUCAAACACAAAUUUAAUGAAAAAUCCUUCAAAAGUGGUCUUAUUGAGAAACAUGGUAGGCCCAGGAGAGGUGGAUAAAGAUCUGGAGCCAGAGACCGCAGAAGAAUGCUCCAAAUACGGAAGGGUCAUCAAAUGUGUCAUAUUUGAGAUUCCUAAUGGAGAGGAUGAUGAAGCUGUGAGAAUCUUUGUUGAGUUUGAAAGAGUGGAUUCAGCCAUCAAAGCUAUCAUUGACUUGAAUGGUAGAUUUUUUGGUGGCCGAGUCGUCAAAGCUUGUUUUUACAAUUUAGACAGAUUUCGGAGACUGGAUUUAGGUGGAGAAUUAGACUCCUGACCAUAGUGUAUUAUCAUCAUCAAGUCACAUUAACCAUUCAUUCAUGUCUAAUUUUAAUGCAAAAGUUGGUUUAUAUAGUGCAAAGUGAUAACAUUGAAUGACUACAGAU